GGUGUCACACUGGGAAUGAUCCGGGCAGAGGCCGAUUUGUUGCUAGUCCUAAACAUGUUCCGUAAUAUCGUCUGAAAAGCGCGCUCAGGUCAAAUAUGAGCAAAAAACAGACCAUAACCUCCCUCCCAUUCAACUGUGAGACAUGUGGAGAGGUGUUCUUGGAUGGCCUGUCCCUAAAAUCCCAUCGACUGCUUCACUCCGGGAGGAAGCUGCACGCCUGUGAAUACUGCGGAAAGCUGUUCCCGAGUCCAGCUAAAGUUCGGAAUCAUCACAACGUCCACUUCAAGAAUAAGAAGUCCAGACAAGUGCAAACUGUGAUUGAGGAUGACAAAUCCAAACUGUUCAACGUCAUCGUGAAAGAGGAGGACUGCCUGACUCCCAUCUCCUCCUUCACUCCGGGCAGCAGUACUUCAGAUGAACCCCAGGGGGCGGCGUUCACCUGUGAAACCUGUGGAGAGGCGUUGUCUUCCAUCACAAACCUGCAGAUACACCAGCGCCUUCACACCGGGAGGAAGAUACACUCUUGUACCUUUUGCGGGAAGCUGUUUCUCGCCAAGUUUAAGCUCCGGGAACACGAGCGGGUGCACACGGGCGAGAAGCCGUACACCUGCGACACCUGCGGGAGCACGUUCACGCACGCCUCCAACCUCAGAGUCCAUCAGAUCGUACACACAGACGCCAGGCCCAACGUGUGUCAAAACUGCGGCAAGACGUACAAAAGUAAAACAGCCUUAAAGAAACACCAACAACUGGAGGCUUUGAAAGAAAAGACGGCAGCAUUGGUUAAGAAAGAGGAGGAGACUGACCUCACCUGUCACAAAUGCGGCAAAGAAUUUACCGAUCCGAAAAAACUCCGAGUCCACGAUCGCAUUCACCGAAAACCGAAUAUCUGCAAAUUCUGUGGAAAAGUGUUCCUCAAACCAUCCCACAUGAUCCGCCACGAGCGACUCCACACCGGAGAGAAGCCGUUCAAAUGUGAGGAGUGCGGCAAGUGCUUUCGCUUAAGUUACCUUCUGAAAUCCCACCAAAACUCACAUUCUGGAGACCGGCCGUACGUCUGCGAGCUGUGCGGGAAAGGCUUCUCCACUCCACAGACGCGGUCUAACCAUCGGAGGUUCGUCCACGCCAAACCGGAGGAGAGCUGCGUGUGUGCGGUCUGCGGCAAAGUCUACAGGUCCGACUCGGGGCUUAGGAAUCACAUGCUGCGGCACACAAGCAACCUCAUCACAACAACUGAGAUGAAUUCCACGUCAGACGGGGGCGCCGCUGCGGACAACGAGACAAAACCUGCUACUGACGCUAAACUUUUUGCAUGUGUCAAAUGUGGGAAGACAUUUUCUGCCUUUCUGAAACUGAAACUGCACCUGCGCGUUCACACGGGGAGGCGGGUCCACCAGUGUAAGGACUGUCCCCGAGUCUACCUGUCCCCCAGCCUCCUCAAGCAGCACGCGCUCACCCACACCGAGCACAAACACAAGUGUGACCAGUGCGGAAAGGUUUUUAAAAACAUACGAGUUUAUCAAGACCACAGCAACCUGCACACGAAGGAAGUGAUGCGCCCGUGCGAGACCUGCGACCGAGUGUUCUGGACGCGGAACAGUUACGUCAGCCAUGUUAAACGAUGUAAUCCGAUAGGUAAACCUGCGCAGGGCAAAACGAAAGUGCAAAAGUAAUAUAUUCAGUAGUGUUACAUUUGGUUGUGAUGUAAACAGAGGUGGGGUUAAAAGCGCUGUACCUGUUUUUUUGGUUUAAAGGUCUUACAUUACAUAAAAUCGACUCAUGUGAGAUUUAAGUUAUGUUAUAAUACUGUUACUGCAUCAAAAACAGACCUGGAGUUGUGUUUUGUUUCACACAUGUUUGAGUUCAGUUCAGUUUAUUUUAGUAAAGCCCAAAAUCACAGCAGCAGUUUCCUCUUACGGCUGAACGUGAGAAAUGAUUUAACUAACAGAAACUUAGAAAAUCAACGAUGAAACAGAAGCAGACAAGAAAAGUAAUCAACGGAAAACAAACAAAUGGAGAAGUGUCCCAGAGCACCCCCUGUCCUUAGACCCUGCUUCUCAGCAAGAAAAAAGACAAACCUGGAGGAGAACCACAGUGAAGGACAGAUCCACUCCCCUGGACAGACAGGCUGCAGAUGUGUCCAGGACUAAUGUGCAUCCGUUUACAGAAAGAGUUCAAGUCUGUAGAGCCAGAGCCACUCAACUAAGAGACAGAGAGGGGCCGACCCACCACAGGAUGAGAGCCACCCCAGCCAGGCACCGGGUCAUCCAGCCAGACGAGGGAAGAGAGGGUCCAGGUCCACAGAACAGGAUCAGGGCACAGGAGGAGCAUCUAGGGUCCAGUCAUCGCGGGAGGGCAUCUGAAACAGGGAACACCAUGUGAAGAGCAAUGAACGAACUCCAGGUGAACUGAAGAGUGAAGCUGUUUGAGGGAAAACAGGAGGAAACAGGAUAGUCUCAGGUCACCAUACUUCCCCCUGCAAGCUCUCCCUAAGCAGCUCAACUAAAACUGCAGGUUUUAUUUCUGCUCCUCACUGUCCUGACCAUGAGCUUAUUCAAAGAGGAACGUAUUAAGUCUGGUCUUAGAUUUAAUGUCAGGAGGAGAACUUUGAAUUUAAACUUUACAGAAGCCAGUGAAGACACUCCCGCUCUUGGGUGAUGUGUUCUCUUCUCUUAGUUCCUGUUAAGAGUCUGGCUGCUGCAUUUUGAACUAGAUGAAAGGUUUUUGUAGAGUUUUUAGAGCAUGCAGCGAGUGAGGAAUUACAGUAAUCUAGCCUUAAUGUAACAAAUGCACAGAUAUGUUUUUCAGCGUCACUUUUAGACAAGAUUUUUCUGAUUUUGGUGACAUUACGCGGUGUAACCUGCGUAACCCUUUAUUAUAAUUAGUCUAGUCUGUUCCACCUCGUGAUGUCAUGAAAUGGUAGUUUUCAAGUUAACAGCUCCUUUUACCUUUAGUUCAGUAGAAGAUCAGAAACUCCAGAGCUAAAAUGAUCCAAAUGAUUCUAGAAAUGAAGGUGUGUGGAGUUUAAAAACAGUGGAGCACUUCUUGUAUCACCACAUGAUGACAUCACAAGGUGGAACAGAGUGUUUUAUAUUUUUUCAUUUACAUGUUUAACACAAAAACACAACUCAGGUCUGUUUGUGACGAGGAAACAACAUUAGAACAGAGACCAGAGAAUAGAGGAAUAUGGACCUUUAAAAACAGAACUAGUUGAUUUUAAAUAGUUUAUAAAUUCUUAUCAUUCAAAUUAUUAAUGAUGCCCAUCUGAACUUCACCUCUGACCAGACUCACAUAUUUGUAAAGUUUCUAAGUGUGUAAUCUGGAUCCCAAGCAGUACAUAUGUCAUUGAUUUUCCCAAAAUGUUCCACAGUGUGACAUUAAACGUCUCGAUUUUGCCUGUGGAUGUUUUAUAAAUGUGCUUUAUAAAUAAACUUGACUCGACUGCGCAGAUUAGACCUGUAAUGUGACCUGAUGACGCUGCCUGCUCGUCUCCAUGGAGAUAGGUUUAAUGUCACACUGUGGAACAUUCAAGGCAAAGUUUUAGUGUCGAUAGCUCCUCCCUUCAGACAGAUAUAAGGCAGUGAUUUCCCCUGAAAACUGUAGUCCAGACAACAGAAUUCAGUUUUCUGUUAAAUUUACCUUAGUAACAUUUUAAUUAAACUGUAUUUUGCAGUUUUCAGACUUGAUACAUUUAAUUCUAUUUGAGUAGUACUUCUAUUUUGACGGUGUAGCAGUACUCUUACUGGAGUAAACGGAUACCAGAGCAGAGACUGAAAACAGUAUUUAUUUUCUUUAAACUAAAAUAAAACAAGACAAAACUGGUCCAAACGUGUUAUGUAACUUAUUUAUUUCUCAAGUAACGACAGAACGACUUUCAUUGAGACGUUUUAGGCCGAGUAUAAUCUGUAAACCGUCUGAUUCAGCUGGAAUAAAAAGAUUGAUCCAGUUGAACAAAAUUCAGCAAAAAUCACCACAUUUGAAUCGUUAUAAGACUCAAAAUCUGCACAAAAUAUGUCUACUUUUUAAUCUUUAAGUACAUUUUUAAACAAGUACUUUUUCAUGUGAUACUUUUUUACGUUUUUUUUUUUUUUUUUUUUGUUCUGGUAUCUGUACUUUUACUGUUUUUUUUACAUCGAUUUGUCCAACCAGAUAUCGACUGCACUGAUAUCUGGAAGCCGAUAUCCGAUACCAGUAACGGCUCAGUGAAUCCCUAAGUUUGGCUCCUCUUUUUAUUAUGAGAAAUUCUAAAAGUCACACAUCAUUUAAAACCACUUUAAAUGAUUUCAACAUUUGUGCUUCUUCAGAUUCCAUUUAUUUUAUUCAAUUUUUUAAUUUUAUUUUUUCAAAAUCUUUUAAUUUUAUUUUUUCAAUUUUAUUUUUUUAAUUUUAUUUUUUCUAUUUUUUUUUUUUUCACUUUUUUCACAUGAGAAAUGGGACUGGGCCUGAAGUAAUUUGAAGGACCAAAUACUUUGUACUUCUACUUGAAUAAUAGUAUUUUGACAGCUCUCAUACUUGAUGAUGUUUUCUGCUACUGCACCCCCUGCUGGACAUAAACCAGACAUGUAGAACUAAAUAUUGGUGGUGGACUUGUUUCUGUGGUGAUUCAAUAAAUGUUUAGAGAU